AAAACUUUAAUAGAAUUGUAACGGUUACGCAAUGGCAAACCUUCAAAAACUCUUUUGAAUGUUAAUCUGUUUUACAUUCGCUUAGGUAAUGGAUUUAGUAGUGCGCUGGGAGUUGUUCAGUUCGAGCUUCAAAUAAUUUUUCAGAGCAAAUUGUAGAGUCGUAUAAAUUUGGGGUGUUUAAAUGCUUGGACAGGACAAGUGGCGACAUCAGAUGAGGAAAAAUUGCGUCUACCGGUGAAGUAAUGCUGCGCAAUCUCAGAAGGGCAGUAAAUAGUGACAGCCAGCUGUUGUGACAAUAUUUUGAUCGUUGUCAGAAAUUAGGGAAAGGGUCAAAGUUAAACAAAAUCGCAUCGAAUUCAACAAUAAACAAAUCGAAAUCAUGACUAUUCUACCGGCAAAGCGGACAACUGCAGCCACCGACGAUAAAGGCGAAAGUGCUCAGAAUGUGAAUGUUGAUAGAAGUAAUAGACAGCAUAAUGCAACUAACAUAAAUGAUGGCAAUAAAACAGUAGCCAGGCGACCCUUCAGAAGAAGUGCCACUCCUGAAGCCUCUGAUCAUUGUUUGCGAAAACGAUUUAAAGAAUCUUCUAAACAUUGUAGACGUAAACAGACUAGAGAGCGGAAGAGUCCCAGGUCCGAAAUACCAGCUGAAGAAGGCCUUGAAGCAAAUGCAUCUGCAGCAGCAACUGUUGACUCCAAUAAUGAUGAGGCUGCGACAACAGCAAGAGAAAAUGAUAAUAAUGAUAAUGAGGAUGCCACUGGCUUCAAUAGUGAGGAUGAAUAUGGAGCUCCACUUAGAAGUGUUAAACCACUCACUGAUGAAGAAUGGACUACAAGGGAUUCCUUGUUUUCUAGAUGUUUGUCUGAUCUUGGUUAUGAAAUCAAGCUUAUGAAUGAAGAUGGAGCGUGUUUGUUUAGAGCUAUUGCUGACCAAAUUUUUGGGGACCAAGAAUUGCAUUACAUGGUCAGAACAUCAUGCAUGGAUUACAUUGUCAAGAAUAAAGAUUUCUUUGCUGCUUAUGUGACUGAGGACUUUGAUAAGUAUGUGGCUCGCAAAAGGAAGUGGAAUGUUCAUGGUAACCAUUUAGAGAUUCAAGCAAUGAGCGAGAUGUACAAUCGCACUAUUGAAGUGUAUUGUUACAAAAUUGAACCAAUUAACAUUUUCAACGGAUCGAAAAUCAACGCUGAUGAACCAAUUCGGCUUUCCUACCAUCGCAUGUGUCACUACAAUUCAAUCAGCAACCCGAACAAUCCGUCUGUUGGUGUUGGCUUAGGAUUGCCUAGUUAUCACACAAUUGAUCUCAAUAGAAGGCGAAUGGUUGACGCGGUCAGGGCUAGUGAGAAUCUCUUAAUCGAACAGACGAUGUUGGAAGAUAAAUUGAAAGCAACUGACUGGGAAGCUACAAACGAAGCCUUGGAGGAGGAAGUAGCACGAGAAAGUUACAUACAGUAUUUCAGGGAUGCUGAAAAGCGCCUGAAACCACAAGGACACGCUGCAGGCAGUAGUUCAACCAUCACAUCCAGUCAAUCAACUUCAAGGUCUUCGUUGCGGCGAGGUUCCGUCUCUCCGAAAGGCAGCAGCUCACCCAAGGGUGGAUCUUCACCCAAAGGCGCUGGCUACUCCAUGCUAGGUUCAUUACGCUCCAGCCCGAGAUCAUCGAGUGCUACAUCUAACGCAACUGAUACAGAGUUUCAUUUUGGUUUAAAACCAAGCACAGGUCAGUCUCCGAGCACACAGAAUAUUUUCGAUUACGAGCACAGAUUUAAAGUUGGAUACGAUCUUCUAAAGGAUACCAAGGAAACUUUACCACAAGACCAACCACCUUGCAAAUCGAAUAAGAUGCUGAACCCUGGUAAUAUAAUAGGCGAAGAUGACUGGGACGAUGGUAUUAUGGCACAAGUGUUGGCAGAGUCGCGAAUGUCGUAUUUGGAUGAUUUGAAACGCAACUCUAAGAAAUUAGGAUCGCCUGGUCCUUCAACUUCUAGAUAAUUCACUCACGCGAAUAUAGAUUUAUCAUAUACAGGGUGUAAGGAUUAUACACAAACAAAAAUAGGGAUACAUGUAACAACGAUAAGGAAAUCAUAUUCGCUUAGGUUUUCUUCAAUAUUAAUUUUUGCGGGUAUUUUUUUUUCAAAUCGAUCGGAUUUAUAUCAAAGCUUUCCUUUCCAUGAGGAGGAAACACAUCAAUGGACUUAGUUAUAAUUUUAGGGAGUAAUCUAAAUUAAUUUGCUUAACGGGUGGUUUCUUGUUUAUCUUUUACUGUACAAUUUUUGUUUGUUUAUUAUCAUUUUCUGUACGUUUAUUUUUGUUUGUUUAGGAAUGCCUUUUGGUGAGGCAGUUUACGACAUGUGAUAUUUUGUUUUAAGUUAAUAAGUUUGUAAAAAAAAGUAUAUGCUUUUAGAUUUGUUCUAAUAUCGUAGUGGUACGUUUCGCAAAAAAAAUCCAAAAUACGCGACUCGAAGUGGUGAUUUUAUUUAGUGCAAACAAAAUGUUCUACAACAAGAUCACAU